UAGAGUUGAAACGUUUGAAACUGGCCUUCCCAAGUUAAUUAUAUCACGUCUUUACCAAGUCAACAACUGGCUAUCUAACACAUUGGUCCCUUUGACCCAGCCUUGGUAUCGAUCGAAGGUGGGCCACUCCUGGAACUCGACCAACGUUUGGUAAUUUUCCUCCACACUCACCGAGUCACACCGCCAAUUCGAGCGCACUUUUCUCCGAGGAAAGUACGGAUUGUGGACGCAGCUUCUCUGUUCCUCCUUGGCUUGUACCACAUCAUACGAUGUUGUUCUGUAUGAAGUAUACUACAUACGAGAUGAAGUGAGUGAGUGGAUGGAGUACAUGGACUUGAGUAGACCGUCCCUGACGUUGUCCUUGGGGCGCUGUGCGUUGGUUCACGCGACGCAAAGGUCGUCGCCUCCACAUGUUCCCGGACUACAAAAUCGCGCAUGUCGUGAGCGACACUACAGGAAAAAAAGGUUUAGCGAAAUGAAUGUACGAUUAAAAGUUUCUCGGGUAGGAGAGUGCAACUAGGAAUAGCUGCCAACAAACGUGCGUAAACACGUAGAAACCAUGUCCCACGAUCGGGGGGUGUUUCGGAAGCACCAGCCUAAAAUCUCCGUGCUAGUGCCCAAAAGAACCGACAUGGUGCCUCCCACGCCCAAAAGUGAGGACGAGUGCUUGGAAGUGAAGGCGGAAAAUGUGCUUAAUCUGUCAUGCGACCAUUCGGAGUCGCUCUCGCAGCAAGCUCCCAAACUUUCGCUGAAGACCAAUUUGACACAGAUGCAUUCGCGUAACAUGAUGGGGUCCCGCGCACGUGGCGCAAGUGUGACGCAUUUGGCCACGGAUAUAUGGCGAGGCGGGUACGACUUUGACUUCACUAUUUAUAACGAUGAUCAAUCCAAAGCCAAGAAUGUGGUGUACUCCAAGAUGCUCAACAAAUUGUUUGUAGAUGUGAACAAAUUGUUCCAGAUCCGAUAUUACAUCAAGAGCGGUAGUAACUUGUCGGAUUUCCAAGUGCGAGCCAUCAUGGUGUACAGCGACACGGCGAGUUACGUGGAGCCCGUGCUCCGAUGUCCGCAUCACCAAGCCCAAGAGUCGCAAGAGACCAAGCACAAGAACUCGCACGUUCUGUGGGCUCAAAGCAGCGAUGCCUAUUACGACGAAGAUGCCACGAGUAAAAGGAAUUUUGUCAUAGUGCCUUUGGAAGAGCCGCAUGCGGGUACUAAUUACGCCAGUUACUUCUACAAAUUUACGUGCCUUGGGUCUUGCAUGGGCGGGAUCAAUCGACGAUCCACCCUGGUGGUGCUCACAUUGGAGAAAGAUGGCGAAGUUGUUGGGAGACAAAAGUUCUAUGUGCGAAUUUGCUGCUGUCCACUGAGAGAUUGCAAACAAGAAGAGGCCAAGAUCCAGCAAAGUUCGUCGGGAGAGCCAGUCAAGAAGCGGAAACGUAAGGCUCCCUCAUCGGUGGGCUCGGAAUCGUCGAAUCAUUCCGAACCCUCGGGUCAAUCUAGUCCAUUAGACUCGGGUGUCGUUUUUUCUAAUCAUAAAACGGUAUCUUCGAGCGAUAUCUAUUACGUACCUGUGUUUGGUCAUGAUAAUUUCAAAACGCUAAACAAAUUCGCCGAGUUUCUGGACACUCAGGCUGGAAAAAUGAGUAAUCCCGAGUAUGUUCAACUCCGCGAAAGAAUUCUUCAGACUUACAACCACGAUAAACUUCGAUCUCUCUCCUCCAAGGAUGAAUUGGCUGUGAAGAGUGUCGAUUCAGGCCAAGCCACAUUCAACUCGAGCAUAGUUAAUAUUAGCAGUAGAAGUAUUAAUUCCGAUGAAUCAAAACGUCCCGAUGAAGAGGGGAAUCUCUUGAUAGAUGAGGGACCUUGAUACAAUGUCGCCUAAGUGUGAAAUACACGUCUAUUCUUAAUUUUGA